AUGGUCCCGUACUUUGAGAUGCAAAACACCCGGCUCAAUUCCCUAGAAUCAAGUAUGCGACAUCUACAGCAGCGGAAUGAAAUCUUUGAGGAUGGGCUCGCCAAUAUUCGGUCCACUCUCGUUGAGUCCGCACGCUUGGGUGCGAACGGUCAUAGUGGUGGACAAUCUACCCAAUCUGGCCGAGAACAGCAACCGUCCACUCGCGUUGACGUCCACUCAGAUGAUCCUGCAGACACUGCUGCGAGUGUAUUUUCUUCUAAUGCCACGACCUAUCUACUUUCUCUGCACGAAUCUCUACGGGAAGAGGUCAGCCAACUUUCGUACGCUAUCACAGACCUAGAUGCUCGCGCCAGCAUGGCUAUCAUGAAUGAAUGCAUGCGUAUCAAGGAAGACAUGGCCCACACGAAUGCAGCAGUCAACAGUGUCCGCAUGCAGGUUCAAUGGCUCAUGAACCCUCGCCUUCACCAGGGGACGCGCGGGAAAUCUGUGCGCACUGCAGACAACGAGGGAACACGGACACAGUUGAUGUCGUCAGCGGCUGGGCCGAGCCAUGCUGCUGGUCAGUCCCUGGGGCCUCUUCGGCCUAGACGUCCCAGUGAUAGUGGACGCGAGGGAACGAAGUUGUGA